AUGGCUACUUUGAAGGUACUCAUGUUUCCAUGGUUAGCUUAUGGACACAUUUCUCCAUUUCUAAACGUAGCCAAGAAACUCGCAGACAGGGGAUUCUUGAUUUACCUCUGUUCUACGCCGAUAAAUCUCAAAUCCACCAUCAACAAAAUCCCUGAAAAGUAUGCUGAUUCGAUUCAGCUUAUCGAACUUCACUUACCAGAAUUACCCGAACUUCCUCCUCAUUACCAUACGACCAAUGGUCUCCCGCCCCUUCUCAAUAACACCCUUCAUAAGGCCCUGGAAAUGUCCAAACCGAACUUCUCGAAAAUCUUGCAAAAUCUGAAACCUGAUUUGGUGAUUUAUGACAUGUUGCAGCAAUGGGCUGAACACGUCGCGAAUGAACAGAACAUUCCAGCUGUCAAGCUCAUAACUUUUGGUGCAGCUGUGUUUUCGUAUCUUUUUUACUUAGUAAAGAAACCAGAGGCUGUAUUCCCAUUCCCCGCGAUUAAUCUCAGCACAAUUGAACAAGAAAAAAUGUAUGCUAAAGAUUUUGAGGAUCGUUUAGUGGAUGGAAAUAUUCAAAUCAUGCUGAUAAGUACCUCUAGAACUAUAGAGGCAAAAUACAUAGAUCAUUGCACUGAAUUGAUCAAUUGGAAGGUUGUUCCUGUUGGUCCACCAGUCCAAGAUCCAAUCACUAACAACGCGGACGACAAGGAGCUCAUGGAAUGGCUAGGAACAAAAGAUGAGAAUUCAACUGUUUUUGUCUCCUUUGGGAGUGAGUAUUUCUUGUCAAAAGAAGAUAUGGAAGAAGUAGCUUUCGGGUUGGAGUUAAGUAAUGCUAAUUUCAUAUGGGUUGCAAGAUUUCCAAAAGGGGAAGACCAAAAUCUUGAAGAUGCAUUGCCACAGGGUUUUCUUGAAAGAAUUGGAGAAAGGGGAAGAGUUUUGGACAAAUUUGCACCACAGCCAAGAAUUCUAAAUCAUCCGAGUACCGGAGGAUUUAUAAGUCAUUGUGGUUGGAAUUCAGUAAUGGAAAGUGUAGCUUUUAGGGUUCCUAUAAUAGCUAUGCCUAUACAGUAUGAUCAACCAUCAAAUGCUAGGUUGAUAGUAGAAUUGGGAGUCGCCGUAGAGAUUGUUAGAGAUGAUGAUGGGAAAAUUCACAGAGGAGAAAUUGCGGAAACUCUUAAAGAUGUCAUAACAGGGAAAACAGGGGAAAAUUUGAGGGGCAAAGUUAGAGAUAUCAGCAAGAAUUUGAAAUCUAUAAGAGGUGAAGAGAUGGAUACUGCUGCUGAAGUGCUGAUUCAACUUUGUAAGAAUAGUAAUGAGUGCAAAUAG